CGGAGUUUAUCUAUGUUUCUGACCCAAAGUCAAAGAGAUCGGCGUGUGAUUAGACUAGGCUUUGAAGCGCCUUUCCGAAGAAAAGAGGUUUUUUUGUGCGCCUGUUUCAGUCUUGUUUCCUAAUAAAUGUAUGCUCUACUUCUUGUUGUCUCUUAUAUGGCUUUCAUUUGUCUCUUAUAUGGCUUUCAUUCUGGAAUGAAAAUGCUCUCCUGCUUGAUAUAUUCACUUAUCCCAUCAUGUCCAGUGUGUGCUGUAAAAGAGGUGCAGUACAUCUUGAAUUUCGAGCAGGAGGGGUCCACGCUGCAAGUUCCAAGAGGAGAAUCAUCAGAUGGGAGUGAGUCAUCCAUCGAUUCUCAGCACUCCUUGAGCGCUUAGCUUUUCCGUUGCAAAAACGGGUUGGCGGCGAUGGUU